AUGGGAGACGCCGACGCCAUCCCGGCGGCUCCAAAGGCCUCAGCCUCAGCCUCAGCGUCUCCAGACGACCGGGCAUCGCUGACAACUCGAAACAUACCGACCAUGGGCCUUUCUAGCGCCGAGAAUCCUCUCACGGCGCCACUGCCGCCCGUGUCGUCGACCUCGCCGGCCGAACGGGCGGCUGCACGAUUCCGCGUUGAGGGAUGUGCCGUCCUCACCGGCGGUGCCGGGACACUGGCGCUGGCGUCAGCUCGGGCCCUGCUUGAACACGGGGUUGAAGCCCUGACGCUCAUGGACCUGCACUCGACCAUCGAAGGGUCGACGGCCGAGAUUGCGAGACUGCGCACCGAGUUUCCCCCCGCCACCGUCCACACCGUGCCUGUCGAUGUCACUUCGGAAAGUGAGGUCGAUGAAGCCUUCAAGGCGGCCCGAGAUCUGAUGGGUCGGAUCGAUCUGCUCUGCUGUUUCGCCGGCAUUGUGGGCUGUGUGCACUCCCUUGCUGCGCAGGCCGACCAGUUCCGCAGAGUCGUCGAUGUCAACUUGGUCGGUUCCUUCCUGUGCGCUCAAGCCGCCGCCAAGUAUAUGGUCGACGCGAAGACGGGCGGGUCGAUCCUCUUCACAGCCUCCAUCUCGGCUCACGCCACAAACUAUCCUCAACCUCAGGCGGCAUACAACGUCAGCAAGGCCGGCGUCGCCCACCUGACUCGCAAUCUGGCCGCCGAAUGGGCCGUCCAUGGCAUCCGAGUGAACUGUAUCUCGCCAGGCUACAUGGACACGGUGCUCAAUGCCGGCGACAAUCUAAAGCCGGUCCGGGACAUCUGGGCGAGCCGGUGUCCGAUGGGCCGAAUGGGACACAUCGAGGAGAUCACAGGGCCAGUGGUGCUCUUGAGCAGUAAGAGGGGAGGGAGAUACAUUACAGGAGCGGAUUUGCUGGUUGAUGGCGGCGCACUCUGCUUCUGA